ACAUUGCAAAACAAAGCAUAAAAAUCACGAUUUUUGCAAAAUAAUUGAUGAAUCUGCACUCAAAAUUUUUGUAUAAUUAUUAAAUGUUGUUUUAGUGUUUAAAUCAUGGCCGAUUCUAUAGCUAAUCACAGGGCCAAACGGCAGAAAACGGACAAGCAUGGACGUAUGUCAGCUUUCGAGAAGUUAAAACAGCUAAAAGGCAAGGGAUCUAAACACAAAUACGACGUGGAUGAGCUUGAGAAUGUGUACGACACGGUCGACGAGAGCGAGUAUACCGAGCGGGUAUUGCAGCGGCAGGAGGAUGACUGGAUAGAAGACGAUGGCACUGGCUAUGUUGAGGAUGGGAGAGAAAUAUUUGAUGAUGAUGAAAUUGAUGAUUCUUAUGUUGCCUCUGACAAUAAGGAAUCAGGGAGAGGGCAGAAAAGAAAAGCAAAAGUGGCACCACCUUCUAAGGGCAACAUUAGAAAUUUUCUUGGAGCAAAGUCUUCUAAAAAAAAAGAUGAUACCAAAAUCUCUGAUGAUAAUAUCUUAUCGGAUAUCAUGGGUGACUUGGAUGGUAAUGCUGACAAACCUGUGGUUAAGCCUAAGCCAGUUGCACAAACCAAAACCAACAUAGCUGACCAGAGGAAAAGGGAUGCUCAGAAUUACUUCAAGACUUUAUCUUCCUCUGUUAAAAAACCAACGCCUGUAAUCCAGCUAGAUGAACCCAAAGUUAUUACUAAGCAGGAGCCAGAACCAGUUCAAGCAGAAUCUGUCCAGAGCAAACCUAAAAAGCCAGAGUGGAAAAUAGACAAGGAGAUAAAGAAAGAAGUUGAGGAUACCCCCACACAGAAUAUUGAGGAAUUUGAGAGCCAGGACAUUGAUUUCAAUGACGACUUCAGUAAUGAUGCAACUGAGGUCAAAGUUGAGGAGAAAGUCAAAGAGGAAACGCCAUCCAUAUCUAACACUAUCUCAGACGUAGCUGAUGAGUUUCUUAAGGAGGACUUUGACAUAUUCCCAUCUAAAAAGGCCAAAGUUGAACUUAAUCCGCUGAACAGCAACUGGUCUGGAGAAAACAAUCAAGUGACCACUGCAAUUCAAACUGACGGCCAAAUCCCACUGCAGACCAACAAAAAUGGUGACAAAGUGUUGAAAUUCUACUGGUUAGAUGCAUGGGAGGACAGAUUUGUGAAACCUGGGGUGGUGUAUUUGUUUGGCAAAGUGUUUGUCAAGCCAAACAACAAAAGAGAAGGCUGUGCCUCCUGUUGUUUGGUUGUAAAAAAUAUUAACCGACAGCUGUUCUUAUUACCUAGGGAAUAUAAACUGGACCCAAUCACGAUGGAGCCGACAGAUGAGGAGGUAACGAUGAUGGAUGUAUAUCAGGAGUUCAACUCUGUGGUCGCCAGCGAGCUCGGGUUGAAGGAGUUCAAGUCAAGAAAGGUCACAAAAAAUUACUGUUUCAACCUCCCUGACAUACCAGCUAAAUGCGACUAUUUGGAAGUCAAAUAUUCGGCCUCAUUCCCACCACCACCAACAGGGAAGAAGUAUCUAACAUUCUCCCAUAUAUUUGGUUCGAACACGUCAUCCUUAGAGACAUUCUUACUGGAGAGGAAAAUCAAAGGACCCUGCUGGUUGGAAGUGAAAGAUCCUGAGAAUGUCCAAGCCAAAGUGUCGUGGUGUAAGAUGGAGGCGGUCUGUGACAAGAUGGAACACAUUGAAGUGAUACGAGAUGGACCAGACUUGGAACCACCACCAAUAACAGUUGCUACUAUAAACAUGAGGACAUUUACAGAUGAGAAAUCAAACAAAACUAAAAUAUUGAUGCUAAGUUGUCUUGCGCACAAUUCAUUCCCGAUACAUAAGCCUCCACCGAACCCACCUUUCAACCAGCAUUUUUGUGUAAUGACAAAAUGUAUCGACCUUUGGCCACUCGAUUUGAAACAACACUUACCAAAUUACAAAGCAACCAAGCUAACAAAAUGCGACACGGAAAGAGAACUUCUUAAUUACUUCAUGGUCCAGUUCUGGAAGUUGGAUCCGGAUUUGGUAGUAGGCCAUGACUUGCAAGGCUUUCAACAGGAUCUGCUCAUAGGAAAUAUCUUGGACCUCCACAUACCCAAUUGGUCUCGGUUAGGAAGGCUAAAAAGGUCGGUUGCGCCGCAAAGAAAGUUCGCCGCCAAGGAUGCAUUUCUAGGAAGAUUAGUCUGUGAUAUUAAACUCUCCACCAUGGAACUGAUAAGAGCGCGAAGCUUCGAUCUGGACACUCUCUGCGUAAAUGUUCUCAAGAUGAAAGAGGGCGAAAGAGUGGAAGUAGCACUAGAAGAUUUACCUCGGUACUACGAGAGUUCGAACGACCUCCUUCAACUAGUCAACUUGAGCAUGCAGGACGCAUCAUACAUCAUCAAAAUGAUGUGCGAGCUGAAUGUUAUUCCUCUAGCUCUGCAAAUUACACAAAUUGCAGGAAAUGUCAUGUCUCGCACGUUGAUGGGCGGAAGAUCGGAGAGAAAUGAGUUCCUUCUGCUGCACGCCUUCACUGAGAAGGCCUACAUAGUGCCGGAUAAAGUGUACGGCAAAAAAGUAGCAGACGAGUCGAACGACGACCCCGAGGAAGCGGGAGCCGCCGUCAGUAAAACACAAGCGAAGAAGAAAGCCGCCUACUCCGGUGGUCUCGUCCUCGACCCCAAGAAGGGCUUCUACGACAAACUGAUCCUCCUCAUGGAUUUCAACUCCCUGUACCCAAGUAUCAUCCAAGAGUAUAACAUAUGUUUCACCACGAUCAAAAGGAAAAACGGCGCCUUCUCCGACGACGAUAUCAACAAUUUGGUCCUGCCUGAGUCGAAAGCUGAAUUUGGCGUUCUGCCGACGCAGAUUCGUAAGCUAGUAGAGAGUAGACGCGAAGUUAAGAAGCUAAUGAAGUCUCCGGAUUUGGCUCCUGAACAGUACAUGCAGUACAACAUCCGACAGAUGGCGCUGAAGCUCACCGCAAACUCCAUGUAUGGGUGUUUGGGAUUCACGCACUCGAGAUUCUACGCCAAACCCCUCGCCGCCCUUGUCACUAUGAAAGGUCGGGAGAUUCUCAUGGACACGAAGGAGAUAGUGCAGAAACUGAACUACGACGUGGUGUACGGCGACACCGACAGUCUCAUGAUUAACACCAACUGCCUCGACUACGACUACGUUUUCAAAAUCGGCAACGACCUCAAGCGGGAAAUCAACAAGAAGUACAAGCAGAUCGAACUAGAUAUCGACGGGGUGUUCAAGUAUUUGCUGCUGUUGAAGAAAAAGAAGUACGCAGCGGUGGUGGUGAGCAAAAAUAAAAAUGGAGAGUUUGUAUAUAUUCAGGAGCACAAGGGCCUCGACAUCGUGCGUCGAGAUUGGUCGCAGCUGGCCGCCGAGGCCGGGAAGUUUAUUCUGAGUCAGAUCUUAUCGGAACAGAGCGCGGACGAACGAGUUGAGAGCAUCCAGAAUCAUCUGAACAAACUAAAAGAUGAUUUGGUAAACAACAAAAUCCCGCUGUCCCUUUUGACGAUUACAAAACAGCUCACCAAGAACCCCAACGAGUACGCCGACAAGCACACGCAGCCGCACGUGCAGGUCGCUCUUCGGCUCAACAGCAAAAACAGCAGGCGCUUCAAGAAGGGCGACAUAGUACCGUAUAUCAUAUGCGAGGACGGCACCGCGAACACGGCGAUGCAGAGAGCGUACCACAUAGAGGAGCUGAAGAGCUCCGAGAGCAUAAAAGUCGACUACAAGUACUAUCUGGCGCACCAGCUGCACCCCGUUAUAUCCAGGAUCUGCGAGCCCAUCGACGGCAUGGAUCCCGCGCGCGUAGCAGACUGCCUCGGCCUCGACCCCUCCGGCUACCGACAGACAAUCAAGCGGGAGGCGGCGACCGACACGUACGAGGUCGAAAACGAGCAGGAGAAGUACAGGUACUGCAAGGAGUUCAUGUUCGUCUGCAUAAGCGAGGGCUGCAAAACGGAGAAUAGAAUACGAGAAACGUUCACGCUUCACGGCAAAGAGAACGUGACGUUUCUGGAGAAAUGCCAGAACGAUAAAUGUAGUAUAAAGCCGAUGGACUAUCUGCCGUCGGUCCAGAAUCAGUUGAGUUUGCAGAUUAGGGGCUACCACGGGCAGUACUACGCGGGCUGGCUGUCGUGCGAGGACCCGGCGUGCGCGUAUCGGACGACUAAGAUGCCGCAGAUGUUCGCGGGCGGAUACCCCGUAUGCCGCCAGUGCGAGAAGGGAGUCAUGUUCAGAGAUUACACGGAAAAGGAUCUGUACCUGCAAAUCAAUUUCUUCCUAUUCUUAUUUGAUCUCAGCAAAAAUACUACAAAGACCAAAGUGCAACCGCAAGUGUCAGCGGCGUUUCAAACACUAAAGGAAAUGGUGGAGGACAGUUUGACCCACUCUGCUUACUCAAUAAUAAAUCUAUCGAAGCUAUUCCGGUUCUUCGCUUUAGACAAGACUGGCAGCAACACGAAGGAGUCUCUGGAAGUAGACAUACUCCCCGAAACCGAACACAUAGAUGCCUUGAUGGAGAUGGGAACAUAUUGAACAAAAUAUAUUUAUGUAUUUUACU